GGCCAAGAGCAGCAGCCACUAGCCGUCAAGUGCUCGUCGAGGACGCACUCGAGCUGUUGUCCUCUCCUUCGCGCUCCGGACACACGUACGGGACUUGCUGUUUUUUUCGUUAGUUCGUUAUACUCCUUGGUGUGGUGCGAGAGUGAAGCGCGAGAAGCAGUGCGACGAGAUAGGUCAGGCAUGCACUGACACGCGAGUGCCGAGUCGGUGCGAAGAUUUUCCCUCGCGUCUCUCGAGUGCUGAGAGCUCCAAGAGAGAAAGAGCGAGACAUGACGGACAAGAACAAGAUACUGCCCUGGCCCUUCCUGCCGGCUUACCCCGCCAGUAUUCCUCCCAGUCUGCUGACCCAGAUGUGGUGCAACCACGCGGUUUACAACGCCAAUAGGUUGCUCGAGAGCAUGAAGAUACCCGCGAGGACGUCCGGAUUCCACAUCAGCGACAUCCUCGAGCUGAACGAUCCGAAACCGAGCAGCGAGGAGGCCGAUGUACCAGGAGGCACAACGGUGCUGCCGCCGGUGAGCGACGUCCCGACGGCGUACCAGCAGCUCCAGCUACUGGAGCAGACGAUACUGCACCCGGGCGUACCGGGACUGAACGCCUUCGGCCGACCGGGUGGACUACCCUCGGCUCCGACGGCCGUCGGACUGCUCAACAACUGGCACCAAGCAGCCGCCGUAGCGGGCUUGCAGCCGCCCUCCGUCCAGGCGUCCGCUCCACUUCCUGGACUAGCUCAGCCUCUCGAGGAAGUCAACGCGCUCCAGCAGCCAGACUCGACCAGCCCGGCGAUGUCCGACCUGUCCUACCCGUCGCAACGCGACAACAGCUUGCAGGGUUCCAAGGAAGAAGACGAGCUCCCGGAAGAAGAGCUCGACGCCGAGUUCGACGACGAUGAUGACGACGACGAGGACGAGUCGCCGGAGAAGAAGCAGAAGCUCGACAAGGACGGCAACGCCAUCCUCAACCCCAGCGGCAAGGGCGAGAAGCGUCGUCGCGACCCGGACCAUCAGGACACCGAGUCCGAGUCCGAGCACAAGAAGCGCAAGAGACGCGUCCUCUUCUCCAAAGCCCAGACCUACGAGCUCGAGCGGCGCUUCCGGCAGCAGCGCUACCUCAGCGCCCCCGAGCGGGAACACCUGGCGUCCAUCAUCAGGUUGACCCCCACCCAAGUGAAGAUCUGGUUCCAGAACCACAGGUAUAAGACGAAGCGCGCCGCGACCGAGAGAGUCGAGGCCGCAGGUUCCAGGCUCGACUGCUCGCCCAGAAGAGUCGCAGUUCCGGUCCUCGUGAGGGACGGCAAACCUUGUCAGUCGAAGCUCCUGGAACCUUGCUCCGGUGCUGCCGCGGCGGCGGCCGCCGCCGCCAGCGCCAGCGCCGCUACCUACUCCGGACUCAACGGACAACUGCCCAUGCACUCGUACAUGCACAAACCCGGGGGCUACUGGUGGUAACAGCGAAGAACACGGGGUCCGGAGGAAGCCGACGGGAAGAGAUAGGCGGACUGCUCCGGAUCGUGUACUAUGUGCGCGUGCUCAAGUGAUUUCUCAGUCGAGACGUCUAAGGCCAAGCCAAAGAUUAUGACUAGAACGGAAAUGGGGGUUCGACAGUGAGACAUGCAAUAGUGUUUUGGUGAACGGCCGGAAAAGUAUCUCGCUGCGGACGAGUCAAUAUAAAUAUAGCCUGAUUGCAGUCGUGUUCUUUAGAUCCUCAUCGCAGUUGGGCUUGUUCCGAGCGUAUAAUGUACCAGUGAUUUGCGAGUGUCGUUUCUUUCUUCGGGGGGAGGAAAUACAGAGGACUGCCAUCCGCGUGUACGCGAAGCGAGGUGCUUUUUCGAGCUCGAUUUCGUAGAUUUUAAGCUGACACUUAUAACGCGUAUAUCGAUACGACGCUGUCGGAAAGCAGCGCCAGCAAUAUUAGAGAGACGAGAGUCGAUUUUUUCGGUGUAUCGUUUAUAACUUUUGAGCAAUUGAUUUGCGAUCGCGUAUUAUACGUACGUAAAAUUGUAUUUGUUUUUGGGUUAACGAAAAAGUGAAUUCAUAUCGUUAGUGUUAAAUAAGAAUUUCCGACGUCGAAAGCUAUACCCGCACACGAUUACAUCGACUCCGAAACAAGCUAUUAUCCUUCGCAUUGCUGUAAGACGACGAAGCGUCUAUGGCCAUGUAAUGGCAAGAGAGCCGACUUUGUCGUCAACUAUACGGGAACUACUCGUGAGUUCGAGUCAAGCUUCGCUAACGAUUACUUAGAGACACCAAAGAGAGAGAGAGAGGGAGAGAGUGACGAAUAAUGCAGUUACCGUAGAUGCUAUGGAAAGCCAUAGUGAGAGAAUCGAGACACCUGUACAUAAAUCUAGUUAAUCGGAGGGACUGCGAGUAUACGUCCCGUAGGUCAAAUCGUGUGUCGAUUGUCGAGCGUUUCAACCAGACACUAAUACGCAUAUUAAAAAAAAAAUACAAGAAUAUUAGGGAUUUUCAUGCGUUUCGGAAUGCGAACUUAGAGGAUUGCAAAGACAGUUAAUCACACCCACACACCGAUCAUGUAACGGUAUUUAUUCUAGUGACUUUGUAUAUACUGUACAUUCUGUAUUAUACCUAUAUAGUAAAAUAAUAUAUCAAAUGCGUAUUUAAUAAAUAAGGAUCGACGAUAAUAAAAUAAA